AUGCGUACCGUUGUGCUGUUGUGCCUCGUCUCGGCCGUCGCCGCCAUCGCCCUCGUCCCCAAGGUGCAGAAGGCCAAGCCGAACGUUUUCGGUAUUUUCUGCGACGUGUGCAUCCAAUUGGUGAAGGUUGUCGAGCAGGACGUGACCGAUGACGAGGCCGUCAUCCAGAAGAAGCUCGACGACGAGUGCGACAAGCUCUUCAAGCAGGGCAUCAUCGACACGUCGUGCAAGCAAAUCGUCGAUUACUACGUCAAGGAUGUGAUCGACAUGUUGAAGAACGGCACGAAUGCGCAGGGCGUCUGUCAAUCCAUCGAUUUCUGC